AUGAAUAAUAUUAAAAAAUAUUUUUUUGAUGAUUAUUUGGAUUCAAAUAUUUAUUUAAAAACUAAAGUUACCAAAUCUAAUAGUAAAAUUUAUAAUACUUUGUAACCUCAAAAAUUUAAAUAAUAAUCAGAGGUUUUUACAAACAUAAACUACACUGAUUAUAAUAAAUUAAUUAUUUAAGCAGAGUAAAAACUUUAUGAAGAAUGGUUGGAUUCCUAAGAAAUCUGGAACAUUAUCAAAAAAUUUACUUUUAGAAUUAUAAUUACAGAGUAAUAAUUAGAGUAGCAAUAUUUUUAACAUUUAGGAUUAUUGUUAUUACAAUUUUCUUUUCUUAAUUUGACUUAUGAUAUCAUCUUAUCAGGAUAGUUCAAAGCGAUAUUUUUAAAACAAAAAUAGGAUUAUUUAUCUGUAAAUCUUCUAGAUUCAAUUUUACAUGCUGUAAAUGGUAAAUGCAAAAAGGAUUUUAUUAUAGUUGAUGAAGAAAUUUAGCACAAAAAUGAUUUUAUAUUAUUAUUUACAAAAUAAUUAUUGGAAAUGUCAAAUAAAUGUAAAGAGGAAUUAUUAGAUGAAGGGUUUACUUCAAUUAUUCAAAUAUAGGACAAAUUUGAUUAUAAUAUUAUCAACAUUGAAAAUGGUCAAACAAUCAGUAAUUCAAAAAAUUUAAUAGAAUUGUUAAAUCAAAUUGUAGAGAAUUAAAAAAUAAGGACAGAAAAAAUAGUCUAAAAAUUGUUGGACGAGGCAGAAGAAAUUAAAAAAACUUCUGAAUUUGAAUCCCAACUUGACUCUAAAGAAGCAAAUGAUAUUAAAGCAUUGCUGGAAGUAAGUAAAUUUACGAAGUAUUCUUUAUCUUCAAAAGGAACUACAAUAGAUAUAAAAGGCAUCAUCAAAUUCUUUUGCACAAAUGGAACUGCUAGGGAUAUAAUGAAGAAAAAAAAUAAAGGAGGAAAGUCUUUUUAUCUUUUUUAGAUUGUUUUAGAUUUAAGUUAGAUUGAAAAGGAAACCCUAUAAUAAAUUCUAUUACCAUUUUUAUUUUAAUUUAUCGAAAUAUGUAAGUAAUGUUCACUUGUAUGCAAUUUAAUGAUUUUAAAUCAUACUCAAAAUAUUAUCAAGUAAAAUUUUUCUACUUCCUGGACUGAUUAGGAAUAAACCUUAUUAAUAUAAAGCCUAAUUGAUUAAUGUAAUAAGGUGCCAUUAAAUGAUAAUCACAAUAAAUUUUAGUUAGUACUUGAUCAAUUUGAAAGAUUUAGCCAAUAUAAAAAAUAUUUGAUUUUUAUUAAUCACUCUUUUUAUAACUAUCCAUUUCAUAAACUUUAAAUACAACUAAAUAUGGCUUAGCAAAUGCAAAUAAAAGUAGUUUCGUUGGGACUUGAUAUAAAAAAAUAUAUCAAUCGUUCAGUAGAUGGUGUUAUUCAAUAUCCCCUCAUUCAAUCAAAUAAUGCAAACCUAAUUAUAACAAAUUUGCUGUAGAAAGUAUAUGAGGGUGUGGAUGUUGAUGGGUCCUUUGAGUUCUUUGAAAAUAUUGAAAAAUAUCCAAAGACACUCGAUCUUUAGGAAAUUACUUCAGAAGAUAAAUAAAGUAAUUGCUAUUUGAAUAAAUAUUUCAAUUAUGUAAAAUGUGAAGAUUCCAAUAAAGAUUCCGAUUAAGAUUAAUAAUUAGUUAGACUUAACAAAUUAGAUUUGUUGUUAAACUUGCUAGUUAAGUUCAAAGAAUUUCAAGAUUGUUUUAUAAAAUAAUAGAGUGAUUCUCUAAAAUAAUUGGGUUAGAAUACAUGA